CAGUUAUAAUUAUUAAAAAUAGUGUUAAGUAAUUUGUAACAAUUUAAAAUGAGUAAAACACCAGUAUCAAUUUUACAAGAAAUGAUGAUAAAAAACCUAACAGUACCAACUUAUGAACUUAUACACAAUGGAGGAGGCUCUCAUAUGAAUAGUUUUACAUACCAAGUAACAUGUAAUGAGCUUACUGCCACUGGUGUUGGACGUUCUAAAAAGGAUGCAAAACAUGAAGCCGCAAAAGCAAUGUUAGAAACUAUUGCAGCACAUCGAGGUUAUUUACAAUUACCACCAUCAACAGAACAAACUUCUGUAAGGACACCUUUACCACCAAUAGUUCCUGAAGUAGAACGAAUUCCACCAGAUGUACCAUUUGUUAAUGCAAUUGGUGAUUUACAGACUUUAUGUGUUGAAAACAAGUUACAAUACCCUAUAUAUGAUACGAUUAGCGAUGUUGGACCUCCACAUGAUAAAACUUUUACUAUUCAGUGUGAGGUAGCAAAUUUUAAAGAAAUUGGUAUUGCAAAAACAAAAAAGCAAGCAAAACAAGAAGCAGCUAAAAAAAUGUUAAAUAGGUUAAAUGAUUUGGUACCGGAUUUAGAAAGCAUAUCUGAUUCAGGUCAAACAGUUGAAACUAUGGAUAAGUCUGAUAUCCAGACUGCCAAAUCCAUAUACCUCAAUUAUUCAAAGUUGCUUUCACAGAGAAAAAUUAACUUAGGUGUUAAAGUAGCGGACUAUCAUAUUUUAUUAAAAAACCAGAUUGAUACUGAAUUACAUGAAAAAGUACUUAAUGAAUUAUCAUCUCUUACUUCAAAAUGUGACAUUGCCUCUUCUCCUGAUGCUAUAGAAAAUUUAAAAACAGAGUUUUCAGAUAUAUUGCAUACUAUAGAUUUAAAUAUGAUUGAAGUUCCUGUAACAUGUAGCAAACAAAUGAUAUCUAGGUGUAUAGACACAAACCCAGAAAUUGUUGAAAUUGUAAUAGGGACAGACAGUGAUGCUGAGUUGAAUUUAUUAAAGAAAUUAAUUAAUGCUCUGAUACUUUUUUUGAAAUAAGAAUA